AAUGUUUUAUAUAUUAUUAGUUAUUUCUUAAGUUUAUUCCUAGGAUGAAUAUCUAUGUGGAAGAGGUGAGAGAUAAUCACCUAUUAGCAUUACAGACACAUUUGUAAAUAAUUUAUAAAAUAUUUGUCAUUUAUCAGGAUGCCAAAUACUAUAAACUUGAAUUAAGAUUCAAAGAUGAUGUUCUAAUAGGGUAAUUGGAUAAGGAAGUUGAAUCUAAAAGAUAUAUUUUUACAGAUGAUCCAAAUAGACAAAUUCCAGAAUUUAGAAUGUUAGGGCAUGAUCCUCAUGGAUUAAUGGUUGGUUAUAGACCAACAGAAUUUUAAUUAAUUGCUCCAGCUGAACAUUAGAUAUAUGAAUAAGUUUUUGAUUUAGAGCUUGUUAUCUGGGGAGAUUUACUAAAUAUUUAUAAGAAUCCCAAUAUUAAAGGAGGGCUUUCCUUUUUUUUCAAAGUUAUCAAUUAGGAUCAAAUAAAUUAAGAAAAUUUAACAUAAAUCAUAUAUCCUUAAAUUUUUAAUGUAAUUUUUAAUCAAUAAUUCAAGUUAACUGAAGAUGGUGAUUAAUUAUCAAUAAAUAUGAUUAAUUUAGCUUCACAUUUAAAGAAUCAUGAAAAAUAUAUCACUUACAGAGGAAGUAUAACUUGGGGAAGUUGUGAUGAAAUUGUUGAUAGAUUUUUAAUACCUUAUGUUUUUUCAAUAACUUAAGAUCAAGUACAAAAAUAAGAAUAAUUAUUUUUAGUUAGAUUAAAUAAUAGCUGAAAAAUAAAUAAAUCAACCAAAUCCUUUAUAGGAUAUUAGAAAAAGAAGAAUAGUUAGAGGAAGUUUAAUAAUAGAUGAUGAAACAUCAGCAAAUUAUAAUCCAAUCUAUAGAUUUUUAUCCUUAACUUUUAUAGCAUUUUUAUUUUUUUUAAUUUUUGCUCUGUUCAUAAAAGAAUAAAGAGAAAAAAGAAGAGCAGAGUAGGCUAAAAAAUUCAAAAGUGGAAGUUGA